AUGGUUGGCGUUCCUGGUCGUUCCAAAGGUUGCCAGAACUGUCGGCGCCGACAUGUGAAGUGUGAUCUCAAGAAACCCCAGUGUGGACAAUGCACCAAAUCGCAGCUAGCAUGUGGAGGCCCUCUUGACCUUGCUUUCGUCGUUUACGAUGGCGCACAUAGCCGCGACGAGCAUAAGCCGAGCACUAGCAACGAUCCAGGUACAUCACUGGUGAAACACAAAAAAGAAGCAUCUCGUCCGGGAAGCUUCGAGGCCGUCUUCAGUUUGCCACAGGCGCGUGAUGAAGUGUUUACCGCAUUCACGCGUCACCACCUGCUGCCUGAAAAUGGACAUAUCGUUGUUCCUCGAGACGCGGGUGGUAGCAUUACUACGCGAUGCUUCCAAGCGCUUUCUUACACAUAUUUCGGUGUCAAGCAUCACGACCAGUACAUCACACAAGAUGGCCUUGCCAAAUACGGUCGAGCGCUAGGUGUGCUCAACGGCACGCUAGCGAAGCCACAAGCCGCACACUCCUUUGAUGUUCUCGGAUCUGUUACGAUCAUGGCAAUAAUAGAAUUCUUAGUCUCAAACCACGAAGACGGCUGGAUGAACCAUGCGCGGGGCCUCGAACGACUUUUCGAGAUACGAGGUGCACGUCGAAUGAUGUCUCUGCCGUGCCUGAUGAUACUGGAGCAGACCCGACCAGCAAUUAUAUUCGCUGCCAUUGUGCUGCACAAGUCCACAAUUCUCGCAAGCCCCGGAUGGAAGACUUUGCCUUGGUCGUUGCACCCUGAACACAUUGACGACAGAAAGAAACUGUUCGACAUUCUCAGUGACUGUCCGGACCUCUUCGUCACACGCGAUCGAGUAUCAAAAUUCGUUGACGGUAGUCAGAUAAUCAACGCAAUGCAGAAUCUCGCCACGAAAGCACGUAGCAUCCUACACGACCUAGAGCUAUGGGGUCAAGAUUGGGAUUCUGAUGUGUCGCACCUCUGCGUUGAGUUACCUUCGCCGUCAUCAACACCUACAUUUCUGGACCCAACCGGACAUGAGGUCCCAAUAUGGUCGACUAUACUCCAGUACAAAUCCGUGCAUGAUCAUAACGCUCUCACUGUUUACAAUGGCGCCCUCAUUUUAGUCCUGCAAUUCAUUUUGAGCUUAGACAUCGCCACCGACCAGCAUGAUCAUGCGCAGCGCCUUCAAGCAAGGGUGCAUGAGGCGGGGAUAGUCAUUUGCCGUAGCGUCGAAUAUCAUUAUGGUCGGCCAUCCGGCGAACGUGGUAGCUUUUUCUUACUUUUUCCGCUCCGAAUGGCAUAUGAUGCAGUUGGAAAAUCAAGUCCAGCGAUAGGAGCGUGGCUCCGGGGCAAACUGGACGAAAUUGCGACUGGCAAGAGAGGAACGUGGAAGUCUGCAAAAACUUUGCUAGAAAUCCGAUAA